AUGGCGGAGAAGGACGAGGCAUCCAAGGAUCUCUUCUAUGAACGCUUAGAAGGCACAUAUAGCGCUGCCCCCGACUCGUAUAAAAUUCGUGCUUGGCGAUUUCAAAGCCAACGCUGUCGUGAGACAGGCUUUAUUUAUGCCAUCACCAGUGCCGCUGUCACACAUUCCAUUGCGCGCGCCUGCAGCGAGGGCUCCAUUGAAUCGUGCACCUGUGAUUACAGCCAUCAGUCGCGAUCGCCGCAAACGAGCCAACUUGGCAGCGUAGCAGGUGUUCGCGACUGGGAAUGGGGGGGUUGUUCGGAUAAUAUUGGAUUUGGUUUUAAAUUUUCACGUGAUUUCGUAGACACCGGAGAACGUGGACGCAAUUUAAGAGAAAAAAUGAAUUUGCAUAAUAAUGAAGCUGGCAGAGCUGUAAGUAUCCCGCUGCAUCCUUUGCAUGAAUAUGAACUUUAUUGA